AUGAAGUUCUCCAUGGUCAUCACCGGGCUCUUUGCCUCUGCCGCUAUUGCCACUCCUCAGGGCAACAUCACCCCCAACACCAUGGGAGCCCUCGAGAAGCGUGCCUCCUUCCCCAUCCCCGCCUCCAAGGGUUCCGUCACCUACAAGUCCCCCCAGGUCAUCAAGGGAAGCUUUGAUGGUGGCAUGAAGACCUACGGCCGUGGUGUCAAGUGCACUGGUCAGAAGGAGGGCGGCGACAAGGAUGCUGUCUUCAUUCUUGAGAACGGAGCCACCCUCAAGAACGUCAUCAUCGGCACCGAUCAGAUUGAGGGUGUUCACUGCCAGGGCUCCUGCACCAUCGAGAACGUCUGGUGGAAGAAGGUCUGCGAGGACGCCCUUACCCUCAAGGGUGACGGUAACGCUCUCGUCAAGGGUGGUGGUGCUACUGGAGCCUCCGACAAGGUUAUCCAGCACAACGGUCUUGGUACGGUUACCAUCGACGGCUUCACUGUCGUCGACUUCGGAAAGCUUUACCGAUCUUGCGGUAACUGCAAGAAGAUGGGCACCCGCAACGUCGUCGUCAAGAACGUGAAGGCCUACAACGGCAAGCUCCUCACUGGCAUCAACUCCAACAAGGGUGACAAGUCUACCAUCACUGGCACUUGCGCUACCUCUGUCAAGAAGAUCUGCAGUGAGUACGAGGGUACCGUCCCCGGCAAGGAGCCCAAGCUGCUCCGCUCCGGGCCUAGCUCCGCCUGCAAGUACACUUCCGUCAGCUCGUGCUAA